AUGUUGGAGUUUUCUAAAUGGAUGUUUUUGUUUUCAUUGGUGUCACUAGUGGCGCUGCAGUCUAGAGGCCAAGAUAAUUACCGACCUGAGGAUGCUAACGAUAACGGCCAAGGACGUAACCUUCUUGACUGGAUAGGUUUUGGAACAGGUCCUGAGACAGAUCCGUAUUUAGCAUCAGCAAACGCUGCCUGUCUUAAUGGAGAUCUAGCCGAUUGUUUCAAAUCAAGAGCGUUAGCUUCUUUUGAGAAUUUUUUCACCAAACCGGAAUAUUACCUUACUGAAAAUGCUAGGGUUAAAAGGAUUCCAGAAAGUCAACUAAGGCAAUUAUCUCGGGAACCUUACGAAUAUUCAGAGAGUCCAAGAGCGAAUGAACCAGAGUGGGAUCAACUAGUUAAAUUUGUUAAACGGAAGUUGGAGAUGUUCAUGAAAUCAACAGUAUUUGAAUUAGAUUUUGACGAGGAGGUAACAGAAAGAGGAAGGUACUCCCCACGCUUCAUUGAUGAAAUUGUUGGAGAGCUCGAUAUAAUCGAAGACAAAAAAGAUACGUUAUUCAAGAGAAAACAAUUGAAGAAACUCUUUAUUCCGUUACUGUUGGUAUUGAAAUUGUUCAAACUGAAGUUACUGUUGUUCUUGCCGCUUAUUUUGGGACUUGCGUCUUUUAAACAAUUCUUAGGAUUCCUUGCAUUGAUAAUUCCAGGAGCAAUUGCGUUCUUCAACUUCUGUAAGCCUAUGCUGAAACCUAGUGGAGGUAAGUUGCAUGGAGUACUAUACACAGGUCCUCCAUAUUCCCCAGCUGGUGUAGCUUAUCAGCAACAGUAUUCCCCAAACUAUCAUCAGUACAACAAUUACCCGCAUCAUGGAAGUGUUCAUUUUAGAAAUGAAGAAGACUCUGCCCAACAUCUAGCGUACAAUGGUUGGGGUGAAUAUAGGAAUCAAGAUAAGGGUAUCGAAGCAGAAACUACUUCAAAAAAAUCGAUAUUACCAGAUUCGUAG